UCCAUUUCCCCUGCAAAGCCAAGCUUGGUUGAGCUCAUCAUCACCCUGUUACCAUCAUUCAUCAACUGCUCAACUCUCGGAGCCCAGCGCCAUCAAUAUGGCUCCGUCAAAGCAGAGCAUGUUCCGCUCGGCGGACAUGAGCAUGGUACAGCUGUAUAUUUCUAAUGAGAUUGGAAGAGAAUGUGUAACAGCCUUGGGAGAACUUGGACUGGUCCAGUUCCGCGACCUCAACGGGGAUGUCAGUGCCUUCCAGCGCACCUUUACUCAAGAGAUCAGACGCCUCGACAAUGUCGAACGACAGCUUCGUUACUUCCACGCCCAAAUGGAAAAGGCGAGCAUCCCAUUGCGAAAGCUAGAUCUCGAUGCCGAUACUCUCGCCCCACCUACCACGUCCGAGAUUGAUGAGCUGGCCGAACAGAGUCAAAGCCUCGAGCAACGCAUCGCACAACUUAAUGACAGCUACGAGACGUUGAAGAAACGCGAGGUCGAGUUGACUGAAUGGCGAUGGGUUCUACGCGAGGCUGGCGGUUUCUUCGAUCGCGCUCAUGGUAACGUUGAGGAAAUCCGGGUAUCGACCGAGGACGACGAUGCUCCAUUACUCCAAGACGUCGAGCAACACAAUCAGGCUGGCGAUGUCGAGCGCUCAUUCUCUGGUAUGAACAUCGGCUUUGUAGCAGGCGUCAUCAACCGUGAACGCGUGGCCGCGUUUGAACGUAUCCUCUGGCGCACACUACGAGGCAACCUUUACAUGAACCAGUCUGAGAUCCCCGAGCCUUUGAUUGACCCUACCAACAACGAGGCGAUCCGCAAGAACGUCUUCGUCAUCUUUGCUCAUGGAAAGGAGAUCUUGGCCAAGAUUCGCAAGAUUUCGGAGUCUAUGGGAGCAGAGGUCUACAAUGUUGACGAAAACACAGAUCUGCGCCGUGAUCAGAUGCACGAAGUUAACGCCCGCCUCAAUGACGUGCAGAACGUGUUGCAAAACACUCAACAGACUCUCGAGGCCGAGCUGAGGCAAAUCGGCCAGCACCUAGCAGCCUGGAUGAUUCUAGUCACGAAGGAGAAAGCUACAUAUAAGACGUUGAAUCUAUUCUCUUUUGACCGACAACGACGAACGUUGAUCGCAGAGGCCUGGUGCCCCACGACAGAUUUGCCUCUCAUUCGUUCGACGUUGCAGGACGUCACCAACCGGGCAGGUUUGUCAGUCCCAUCCAUUAUCAAUGAGAUCAAGACUACCAAAACGCCGCCUACAUAUCUUAGGACCAAUAAGUUUACCGAGGCCUUUCAAACUAUCAUCAAUGCCUAUGGCACGACCACUUACCAAGAGGUCAAUCCUGCACUACCUGCCAUAGUCACUUUCCCUUUCCUCUUCGCCGUCAUGUUUGGUGACUUGGGUCAUGCCGUCAUCAUGCUUAUGGCUGCCCUGGCCAUGAUCUACUGGGAGAAGCCUUUGAAGAAGGUUACCUUUGAGUUGUUUGCAAUGAUUUAUUACGGUCGUUACAUCGCUCUGGUCAUGGCUACCUUCUCUUUGUUUACUGGUCUCGUCUACAACGACGUCUUCUCCAAGUCCUUAACACUCUUUGACAGUGCUUGGGAAUGGGAUGUUCCUGAAGGAUGGAAGCAGGGUCAGCCACUUACAGCCUCGCUCAAAGGAGAUUACCGUUACCCUUUUGGUCUCGAUUGGAUGUGGCAUGGCACCGAUAAUGAUCUUUUGUUCACCAACAGUUACAAGAUGAAGAUGUCCAUCAUCCUGGGUUGGGCGCACAUGACCUAUUCGCUCUGUCUCGCGUACGUCAACGCGAGGCACUUCAAGAAGCCUAUCGAUAUCUGGGGCAACUUCGUUCCGGGCAUGAUCUUCUUCCAGUCUAUCUUUGGGUACCUAGUGAUUUGCAUCAUCUAUAAGUGGUCUGUCGAUUGGUACGCUGUUGGGCGAUCACCCCCGGGCUUACUGAACAUGUUGAUUUACAUGUUCCUGCAACCCGGUACCAUUGACGAGGAACUCUACAGUGGCCAGGCUACUGUGCAAAAAAUCUUGCUCGGGCUCGCAUUUAUUCAGGUCCCGAUACUGCUAUUCUUGAAGCCGUUCUAUCUGCGAUGGGAGCACAACAAAGCUCGUGGUAAGGGCUAUCGUGGCAUCGGUGAACAAUCUAGAGUCUCGGCACUUGAUGAUGACGAAGAUGGAAACACUGCCGGCAACGGAAAUGGACGCUUUAGCGUUGAGAGCGACGGCGAGGGUGUCGCUAUGAUCGCACACGGUGGAGAUGACGAUGAGGAGGGCCACGGUGAAUUCGAAUUCAGCGAAGUCAUGAUUCACCAGGUUAUUCACACCAUUGAAUUCUGUUUGAACUGCGUUUCGCAUACUGCAUCAUACCUACGUCUCUGGGCUCUAUCCCUUGCCCAUCAACAGCUUAGCAGCGUCCUAUGGGACAUGACGCUCGGACCAUCUCUUACCAGGACCGGUGUUCUCGGUGUCAUCAUGAUUUUCUUGGCCUUUGGAUUGUGGUUCUGCCUCACAUGUGCCAUUCUUAUUGCCAUGGAAGGCUGUAGUGCUAUGUUACAUUCACUACGUCUCCAAUGGGUCGAAGCGCAGUCCAAAUAUGCCGAGUUCGCGGGUCAUAUGUUUGCUCCGUUUUCUUUUGUGACUAUGCUAGAGGAGGACGAGGGGUUAGUCGACUUUACAGGCUAACCUCUGUUGUAGACAUGGGGGGUUCGUUGUAUGAAUACAUAAUGGUGUCUGUAGCUAUAGAAAUGCAUUCCAAUUUAAUGAUGCUGUUACUAGGUACUAAAUACUAGCUAUACAGCCUAAGUAUACCACUGGAUCCAA